CCUGGUGCUUCAAAUCCACCGCAGCCAUGGCUGAGCCAAAUGUAUGUGCAUGUUUCCUGUUAAGACAUAUAGAUAUAUUCAGUCUUUUACCAUCAAAAACGCGUUUUCGGAGGAGAUGGAUCACAUUCUGUAAUAACUCCACAGUUAAGCGUGAUUCUGCAAGAGCACUAUUCUCAAUAGUGGUUCUAGGGAAUGCAAAGCCGUACGCGUCCGAUGUAUCAAUGAGAAUAGAUAAAUUUAAAGCGGAAAAUAUUGUUGAUGUGUUACAACAAUGGUGAUAAAGGUGGAUCUUCAAUGCGAAACGUGCUACAAGAAGAUCAAAAAAGUGCUCUGCAAAUUCCCUGAAAUUCGAGACCAGGUAUACGAUGAGAAGAAAAACACAGUGACAAUCAAGGUGGUUGGUUGUAGUCCUGAGAAGAUCAAAAGGAAGAUAUGCUGCAAAGGAGGUAACUCUGUCAAAGGCAUUGAGAUAGUUCCCGAGAAGAAGGAACCUGAGAAGAAGAAGGAACCUGAGAAGAAGGAACCUGAGAAGAAGAAGGAACCUGAGAAGAAGGAACCUGAGAAGAAGAAGGAACCUGAGAAGCCCAAACCACAGCCAUGUUCGUGUAACCCACCACCGAUAGCGGGUUUACCAAUUGGGGUGUGUUGUCCUGGGUGUUAUGGAGGACGAGGCGGUUGGUCGUGUUACCACGGAUAUGGAUAUCCGCCGUGGUUUUAUGGGUAUUGUUGAACACCAGUUUAUGACCGCUGUGGCGGCGGUGUUUAUUAUGUCAGCAGAUGUGAAGAAACCCCCUCUACCUGCUCAAUCAUGUAAUCAUUAGUGUUUUCAUGGGUUGGAAGAUUGGGUUAAUUAUUAGUUGCUAAACAUGACAAACUAAGGUUUGAUGUGUAAUUAAGGAUAAUUGUCUUAUUAUGUCGUUAUAAUUGUCUCCAAUAAUCAAUUUUAUCUUUUCUUUGGUGCU